AUGGCCUCCUCACCGCCUAUAAAGCUUGCAGUCCUCGACGACUACCACAACAUAGCCGCACGUCACUUUGCCCAUAUUGACCGCUCGAAAAUAUCCGUCACCGUUUUCAACGACACACUACCGUCUUACUCGCACCCCGAAACCACCGAUGCCUCGCGUUCAGCCCUCGUCGCGCGCCUCCAGCCCUUCACCGUACUCUCCACAAUGCGCGAACGUACACCCUUUCCAGCCGCCCUACUCCGGCGACUUCCCAACCUAAAAGUUGUCCUUGGAACAGGCGGAAAGUUUGAAAGCUGGGACUUGGAUACGAUGCGCUUAAUGGGCAUCAAAGUAUGCGCAGCACCCGGUAAGGGUCGCACAGAUGGAAAGGGAAGUGCGCAGUCACUCCGGUCUCUGCCUGUAAAGCAAGGCGGUGGACAUCCCACAACCCAACAUGUCUGGGCCCUUAUCCUCGGCCUUGCGCGCAACAUCGCCGCCGACGACGCUGUCGUAAAAGGAAAAGGUAGACCAGCUGGUUGGCAAACCGAACUCGCCAUGGGUCUACAAGGUAAAACUCUCGGUCUUGUAGGACUUGGGCGCAUAGGCGCACACGUUGCGCGCGUCGCAGUACUCGCAUUCGGCAUGAAAGUGAUAUGCUGGAGUACGAAUCUCACCCAAGCCAGCGCCGACGCUCUAGCCCAUGAAGUGGGUGUGCCUGUUAUCGGUGGUGGGAUAGCAUCCCCGUCGGAAAAAACGUUCAAAGUAGUUACAAAGAAAGAGCUAUUCAGUACUUCGGAUGUAGUAAGCAUAAAUUACGUGCUUAGCUCGCGUUCGCUUGGUAUCAUAGGCGCACAGGAGCUGAAGGCUAUGAAGCCGUCUGCCCUUUUGAUCAACACGUCUCGUGGCCCGCUCAUCGACGAAGCGGCGUUGCUGGAUACUUUGAGGAAGGGACGUAUACGGGGCGCUGCGAUUGAUGUCUUUGAUAUCGAACCGCUUCCUGCAGAUAGUCCUUGGCGUACGGAGAACUGGGAUGAGAAAGGAAAGAGUAGGGUGCUGCUUACGCCGCAUAUGGGAUACGUGGAGGAGGGAACGAUGACAGCGUGGUAUGAGGAGACGGCGGAGAACGUGGAGAGAUUGGUUGAGGGGAGGGAGCUUUUACACAGGAUUGUGUAA